UACUUUCUGACUUGCUGAGAAAUGGCUGUUGUGAACUGUUUUUGCUGAAAUUAAUUGUAGAAAUGGAUUCCUUGACCCCCAAAAACUUGGGUUAGACAUAAGAUUCAACGGAUUUGGAGUUGUCUAGCUGUAGAUAUCACAAAAUCAAGUUUUGGCUUUUAAAAAUUAUGCAUUUUCUCUUUUGCACAAAAUAUAAAUUUGGUCUGAGAAUUGGUUGAUUUUGACUUUAAAAAUGCAUAUCAAGUUUGACAAAAAUUGGAUUUGUGUAGCCUUGGGAAUGUUUGAAAUAAGUUUAGAAGGAUUUAAGCAUCUGGAGGGACUGUUUUGGCAAUUUGAGCAUGUAGGAUCUGUUAUUAGCAUUUUUGGACAUAAAAAAUGGUUUUAUCAUGUGGAAAAACAUAUAAAGCUCUUUUCAAAAGGAUUUGUACAUCUUAAGCUAAUUAAUUUUAAAGUUUGGAUUGAUUUUUUAAAAGUAAUGGAAUUGGGAUAUUGUGGUAAUGGUAUGAUUAUGAUUUAUGAUAUUAUGGACUUGGUUAUGUAAAUUAAUGGAGAUGAUAUGAUGAUGAUGCCAUGGACUAGAAUAUGCUUGGUUUAGUCAACAUGGCCUUAGAGCUUAGUACAGAUGUCACUCUUUUUGAAGUACAGUAUUGUUUGAUUUACUUUGCCUUUGUUUCAACCUCAGAAUUGCCAAUAAAAUUUAAAACCAUUCCUUCAUUGUAAGCUAAGUUACUUACUUGAUUGUUAUCAGUCUAACAGAUCCGAUCCAAACGUUAAUUGUUAUGACUUAUCCAAAUGUUAAUUGUCAUCAGUCUAACUCGAAAAUGAAUCUGCAAAUGGCAGAGAGAAUAUUUAUUGCAGCAUUCACCUCUUUGAGGGUAGGUUCAGUAGUCACUUCUGGCUGCCUUCUUGAUAUUCUCACUUCGACUUCUGUAGUUGAAGUCAAGGCAUUGACAUUUACACAGAAAAUGCAUUUAUUUUCUCUUGAGAAAAGAGUCAGUUGUUCAUACUUGUACUCGAGCAACCUUCAACCAGUAAAAAACGCAGAAGAGAUAUGGAAGAUCGGCAGAAUGCAUCCUUCAAUAGGGAGUUUGAAUUCAAGGAGGAGGAUAAUCUGGUUCAUAGCCAAAUGAAAAUGCAAGAAACUGUAGCAGGAGAAAUAAACUUUGAUGAUGACAGUGCCAAGAAAGUUAUCAUGGCUGCUGUUGAAUAUGCAAAAACAUAUCCAAGAUGCGAGGAGAACCAGAAAUUUUUUGCCUUAUUUUCGAUUUAAAGAUCUUUGUUUGGACAUGAGCAAGGGAAAGAAAGGGCUGGAAUUUAAUUACAACGCAGGAGUCAUUUUCUAUGAUGAGAUCGAGUGAACUUCCUCCAAAUCCGGUUAGUUGUUGAAAAUGAAACCGUAUAGACAGUUUCUAUAUUUAUAUUGUUAUUCUUAUUCUUAAAUUUGUCAUAAAUUUGUAGAUUUUAUUUUACAACUAUCUUCGUUUAAACAAGCACGUGCUUGAGAAUUUUAAUUACCUGAAAAAGGAUUUAUAGACCUCUCUGGCUUAAAUACAACAAGGCAACUAAACUCAGAAAAUAUUAUGUCCAUGUCCCCAAGCACUAGCCCGCAGUAUAUGUUGUCAUCUUCAUCUGAAAAGACGUAGUCAUCUUUGAAGAAGCAGUAGUGGUAAUGAAAGUAAUUUUCUUUUCUUAGUAUGAACACACUUUUUUGGGCUGGUUUAAGAUGAAUGGUUUGAUAUGAAUUGACUUUUAUCCCAUGAUCUCUUCAGAGCAGAUGAAGAAUAAGAGGGGAUACUGCUAAGUUGGAGCUGCAGGUUAAGAAGCGAUGGAGUGUGUUGUGUACUUAGUUGCUAACUUGGGCAUACCGCACACGUGCCUCUGCAGGCUUCAGAUUGUAGUGAAGUGCAGGCUCUCCAACUAGAAUACUUGAUAAAGCAGUGUCGUCUCAUGUGCAUUAAAUUGGUUACUUUGCAUUAAAACCGAACCCUUCACUAAUUUAAGAUAAUUAUCAUGUGGUUCCCAUUAUAAUUUUCUUGAGUUAGAUGCAUCUUAUCUUAUUUUAUAUAGUAAAUAGAAGAGGCACCUGUCACGUGACAAACCUGUGCUAGACAGUUCUACGUGGCUCAAGCUACCAUGUAGUUUCACAUUGAUAACUUGUAUAAUGUAAAGUAUGAUGUUUUUUAA